CGAGGGAAACAUCAGACGCCACUUUUCAGGACGCGCAAAACAGUUUGACUAGUUAACCGUCGACCAACAGCAGUAAUCCUCCAAGUCGACAGAUGGCACUGCUGUACAAAACUGAACUGGGACCUGCAGAGAAAACUUUUCUUCACCGUUUGGGACAGUUUCCCCACCGAAAACACAACAACAGCAGUAUCAUCUGGCUUAUUAAAACCUGCUAGACAGACCAGGUUUGCGUUGUUUGACAUGGAUAACAGCGAGGACGAGAUGGAGGAGGAUGAAACCGAGUGGAGGAGAAGUGUCGUGGACUCAGUGCUACUCAGCCCCGCUGCUGCUCCUGGUAAAGUCCAAGCCUGAAUAACAUGACACCCGGACCAACUCCUUCACCCUCCAGAGUUAUUCUGCAUUUUGACCUGGAUUGUUUCUAUGCUCAGGUGGAAAUGAUCAGAAACCCAGCACUGAGAGAAGUCCCCUUAGGUAUCCAGCAGAAAUACAUCAUAGUCACCUGUAACUAUGUGGCAAGAGAGCAGGGUGUCACCAAACUGAUGUCUGUGACUGAUGCUAAGGAGAAAUGUCCUCAGCUGGUGCUGGUUAAAGGAGAAGACCUGACACACUACAGAGAAAUGUCCUAUAAAAUGACAGAGCUCCUGAUGUCCUACUGUCCACUGGUAGAGCGGCUUGGAUUUGAUGAAAACUUCAUGGACGUCACAGAGAUGGUAGAAAGAAGACUAGCACAGACACCAGAGUCUAACAGCUUUUCAUUUAAAGGACACGUCUACAGCCGCCUCAGUGCAGAUGUUAAAGCCAGUGACUACCUGAGGCUGGCUUUAGGUUCACACAUUGCAGCAGAGCUGAGAGAAGCCAUCCACAGCAAACUGGGUCUGACUGGCUGUGCUGGAAUCGCCACAAACAAACUACUGGCCAAACUGGUGUCUGGCACCUUCAAACCCAAUCAGCAAACCACCCUGCUGCCGGAGAACCUCAGCGACAUCUUGGGCUGCCUGAGCAGUCUCCGCAAAGUCCCAGGGAUCGGUCACCAAACGGCGAAGAGACUUCAAGCCCUGGGAUUGGUCAGCAUCCAAGACCUACAGCUCUUCCCUUUGAAUGACUUGGUGAAAGAGUUUGGACAUCCCAGUGCUCAGCGCUUGAAGAACCUGGCCGUCGGCAUUGAUGACUCACCUGUCACCCCUACUGGGGCCCCUCAGUCUCUCAGUGAUGAAGACUCCUUCAAAAAAAUGUCAUCAACCAAAGACGUUUCGGAAAAGAUUCAACAACUCUUGAGCAGUCUGGUGGAAAGGAUGAACAAAGAUGGCAGGCAGCCUCAGACCUUCCGGCUCACCAUUCGUAGAUACUCGGCGACCAACAAGUGGUUCAGUCGCGAGAGCCGCCAGUGUCCAAUCCCCAACCACAUUGGACAGAAGAUCACCUCAGGCAGCAGUGAUGAUGCUGUGGCCCAGCUGGUCCCGGUGGCCAUGAAGCUGUUCCACAAGAUGGUGGACAGUAACACCGCCUUCCACCUCACCCUCAUUAACGUUUGCUUCAGUAACCUGCAGACGAGGGGAGCUGCUGUCAGCGGAAAGGGCUCCAUAACAUCUUUCUUCACACAAACCACAUCCCCCAGAAAAACACAGAUCUGCUCUUCACAAAGACAGAAUGAUUCCUCUCAGAACGGAGAAAGUCAUUGCAUGGAUCGUCAGUUCAGCACAAACAAGACGAUUACUCAACGGCCCUUACAACAAGCAGUAACCACGAAAAGCCCUUGUAGCUCUGAGGCAGCAUUACAUGGUUUCAAAUGGAAACAAAGCUCUGUUGUUGCUGUAGAAGACCCUCCACGUCAGACAGCAUGUUGCAGCACGGCGAGGUCGGACCCUCAUGAAAAUAACAAAACUGUGACACAUCAGUUGCCCCCAGAUUUUGAUCCAGAAGUGUUCGAGCUUCUCCCCGAGGAAAUCCAGAAAGAACUGUUAUCUCCUACCUAUGUAAACUCCCUUCCCAGCUCUUCUACCAGCCCCUCUGCACCAGCUGAAGUCCCCAGUGUGCCACACAUAACAACACAUUCAUUUAGAGACUCACAAAAUACUGAAGGCAUUAAAGAAGCUGUAAACGAAUUGGAUCCAUCUUACAGAGUGACCACAGUGAAUCACCAGGGGCCUCAAAGCACAAGUGCGCUUCCAGGAGAGUACGUCAUGGAAGAAGAGAGACUAUCAUUCCCCCGGUCUUCUGACUGCAAGUUCCCGGGAAAUGUGGACCCUGAGGUGUUUUCUGAGCUUCCGCCGGAUGUUCAAAGGGAGUUGAUGUCUGAAUGGAAGCAACAGAAGCCGCUCCUGAAGACCCCCUCAUCCAGGAAACCAGGGAGAAGCCUAAUGACCAAAGACAGAAAGGCUGCAGGAAAAGGCAGUCAGGCCAACAGUCUGCUGAAGUAUUUCAAACCCAGUUAGAGAGAGAACUGACAAGUUACCUAAAGAUAAAGAUCAUUUAUGACCAAACAUGUUAUUUCUCUUUUUUGUGAUAUAUACAGGGAGUGAAUGAGGUAAAAGAAACAUUUAACAUUUUACUCCAUUUAACAGCCCUUCAGCAGGUAACAGUUUGGUGAGGCUUUUUGUUAUUUGGGGACACUGCUGCAAAUCCAAGUUAACACAAACAUGGAGGACCGCAGGUGUCAUGAAAACUGUAUGAUGUAUACAGCAAAAUAAAGUUCAGUGACAUUGGAAUAAAAAUAAAAGGGAUAAAAAAAAAAAGAAA